AUGGAUCACGUCGGAGCAGAGCCGAAACAGCCGAAGAUGAACUGCAAAACGCCGACCGCCAAAUCGGCGCUGCCGGAGUUGGAUCUCGACGAGCUGAAGAAGAGCUCGCAUAAUCUGGUCAUGUCUCCCACGGCCUUGUCGCGGAUGUCCAAAUCGCCCAGCACAAAAUCCAAUUGCCUCUGCUCUCCGACCACUCACAUCGGAUCGUUCCGGUGCCGGCGCCACCGGAGCACCGCCAUCUCCCGCGGCGGCUCCGUCGGCUCCAACCUCUCCGACCUGGCUCAGAAAUCCGCGGCGAUGGAGGACUCGUUGGAGGCGUAG